AUGACAUCACCACAGCCGCCUCGAGAUGACUCUAAGACCGCCGGCCUGGCAGGCAUUCCUAUCCCAACGGAGCUCGUCCUGCAGAUCGUGAAAGCCAUUGGCCCGCGACCGAAGCCACAGCCGGCAAAACAUAUAAGACUUCACGGUGCUCUCGAAGCCGAGGCCGACUCCGACUCAGACGACCUGGAAAUAGUGGAUAACUACUUCUACGAAGACCCAAACAAGCCGACUCAACCGGACGUUCUUGAAGGCAUUACCGACCUCAAGAAUUUAACCAUCACAUGUAGGGCACUGUACCAAAUGUUGAGGGGUGUGCUGUACCAGCGAAGUGGACAAGAGGAUGACUGGUAUGCUCUUCGAUGGGCCAGCUUCAACGGCAACCUCCGUGCGUUGGAAGCGGCCGUCGAGGCCGGCGCAUCAGUCAACUACGCCUUUGAGAAGGCUGGGACCCCAAUAGACAUGAUGAACUAUGGACGCGUAGAAAGCACCUUUGGAAGCAACUUCCCCAUGCUGCAGAGGUCAAAGACGUACAACUUCGGCACACCCUUGCUCGCGGCGGCGUAUGGCGACGUCACCCGGCGACACCAGGCAAUCAAGUGGUUGCUCUCCCACGGCGCCGACCCAAACACCACAGACGCCAACGGGAUCACGCCUCUGCAUGUCGUAUCCCACAUAACCGACAUCUUCAGUUUGGCCACUACUUCAAGGGCUGUAUUAUCUGCAAGCGGCUCAUCGACCCUCCACAUCCACGACACCGCCGACCCCACGAUCCCCAUCACGCAGUCCAUCAGCGGUGCACACAAGCUGGGCUGCCACCACAUUUGCACCUCCCGAAAUGGUCUGGUCGCCGCGAGCGCAGGAUUCGCCGGUGAGGUGAAGAUCUGGGUCAUCAACAAGGACACGAGCGAGUGGAAGCUCCACUCGGAGAUCACGAACAAGGCGGCCAAGGCCGGCGAGGUCUGGGCCAUUGCGCUCAGCGAGGAUGGAAAAUUCCUGGCGGGUACGACGUACGACGGCCGGGUGAAUGUGUGGGACGUAGGCGAAGAGGGCACGCCCAAGAUCAGAGAGUACGAGACCGGAAGCCCUGGCCAGGGAAGCUUUGGUAUGUCGGUCGACUUGAGUCGUGAUGGGCGGUACACGGCCAGUGGGCACCAGAACGGAGCUGUCUACGUCUUCAACAAUGACAACGGAAAGUUGUUGUUCUCACUACCAGGCCUGGUCAAAUCCGUCCGCUCUGUCGCAUUCUCCCCUGGAAACACCAGACUCGCUGCUGCUGGCGACUCAUCCGUCAUUGCUCUCUACGACAUCAAGAAUGGCGAGCAAGUCAGCAACAUGACUGGUCACUCUUCAUGGAUCACAUCUGUUGACUGGAACGACACGGGCGAAUACCUACUUAGCGGAGCGAUGGACGGAAAGGUCAAGGUCUGGUCAGUGGAGCGUAGCGCCUGUGUCGCGACGCAUAGCGAGACAGACAAGGCUUUGUGGGCUGUCAAGUGGCUCCCGAAGACUGGAAAGAACGAGUCUUUCUGUACGGCGGGCGCCAACAGGAGCAUUUCAUUCUAUAGAGAAGCUACCGGUGCAUAA